GUGCUUUGGUGGAGUUUGACGUGGCACUCUGCUUUCACUGAGAGCAAUAGACAGUGAAGAGGACUCUGCCCAAUAGUCAGCUUAACAGGUUGUCAGAACUCAUUCAUUCUGGCAUGAGAAGACAGUAACAUCCCAUCAACAUGAGUCAACAGGGUUAUGUUGCUGCACCCCCAUACUCCCAGGCCCAGCCAGGGAUGGGGGGCUACCAAAGUGGAUUUGGAGCUGGUCCUGCUCAGUCCCUCUAUGGGCACUAUGGGGGACCGCCUCAGGCAUUCAGCGCUCCACCAACAGGUAUGAUGAAAUCCCCAGUUUCCUCUGCUGCUGGUAUGCCUCCGCCUCCAGUGUCCGGUCAGUACAACCCAAAUGUCCAGCAGAAUGGCGCACAUCCGCAAAGAUACCCUGCUCCACCAGCUGUUUCUGCUCCUUAUGGACAACCUCCUCAGUCUGCAUACAACAACAUGGCCUCUGCAGCCCCACCUCCUGCCCAGCAGCUCACCAAUCAGAUGGGUGCUAUGAAUUUAGGCAACUAUGCCUCAGGUCCCAUGCAGAGCCCUCCUCCAACAAGCUCUGUAGCCCAGCAGCCUUUCCAAAGACCCCCUCCUCCAACGAUGGGCCAGCCACAGAUGCCUCCAGGCCCGCAGUCCCCCCAAAUGUCUUCCCAGAUGUCUCCACCACAGUCACCCCCAGCAAGCAUGCCAAUGGCCGGCCCACCGAUGGCCGGCCCACCGAUGGCCGGCCCACCGAUGGCCGGUCCACCGAUGGCUGGUCCACCGAUGGCAGGCCCACAGAUGUCAAGCCCGCCGAUGGCAGGCUCUCCAAUGGCAGGCCCACCUAUGGCAGGAAUGGGCAGACCCUUUCCGGGGCCACCUCCUCCAGGCCCCGGAGGUUUCCAGCAGCCUGGUCCUGGAGCUGCUGGUCCACCAGGAUAUCCACAGCAAACAGGUCAGUUUGGGGGACACAUGGCUGGGCCCCAGCCAGGCAUGCCAGGGGCCUUCCCUGGAUCACCAGGUGGACUGGCAGGACCACCUCAGAAGAAACUAGACCCUGACUCGAUCCCCAGCAUAACUCAAGUCAUUGAGGAUGAUCGAGUCAAACAAGGGGGGCAGGUCUACAGCACAAACAUCAGAGGACAGGUUCCACCUCUGGUCACCACUGACUUCACAGUCGAGGACCAAGGCAACGCCAGUCCGAGGUUCAUACGCUGCACCACUUACUCUCUACCUUGCACCGCCGAUCUGGCCAAACAGUGCCAAGUGCCCCUGGCCUCCAUCAUUAAACCCUUUGCCAGUUUGCCAAAGAAUGAGACUCCUCUAUAUGUUGUGAACCAUGGUGAGACGGGCCCCAUCCGCUGCAAUCGAUGCAAGGCCUACAUGUGUCCCUACAUGCAGUUUAUAGACGGGGGUCGACGCUACCAGUGUGGUUUCUGCAACUGUGUAAAUGAAGUGCCAGUCUUCUAUUUCCAACAUCUUGACCACAUGGGCCGGAGGGUGGACUUCUAUGAAAAACCUGAGCUGUCACUGGGAUCCUACGAGUUUGAAGCCACUCUGGACUACUGCAAGAACAACAAGCGUCCAAAUCCUCCUGCUUACAUCUUUAUGAUUGACGUGUCCUAUAACAACAUUAAAAGUGGACUGGUCAAACUGAUAUGUGAUGAGCUAAAGACUCUGCUGGAGCAUCUGCCCAGUGAGGCAGGUAUGGAGAGCUCUGCCAUCAAGGUUGGCUUUGUCACCUACAACAAGGUCCUCCACUUCUACAACGUGAAGAGCGCUUUGGCCCAGCCCCAGAUGAUGGUGGUUUCGGACACAGCUGAGAUGUUUGUCCCACUGCUCGAUGGCUUCCUCGUCAACUAUCAGGACUCAAGGGCUGUUAUCUACAACCUCCUGGACCAGAUCCCUGAUAUGUUUGCAGACACCAACGAGAGUGAAACGGUCUUUGCUCCUGUCAUCCAGGCCGGCGUGGAGGCAUUCAAGGCUGCAGAAUGUAGCGGAAAGCUCUUCAUCUUCCAGUCCUCCAUGCCCACUGCUGAGGCUCCUGGCAAACUCAAGAACAGAGAUGACAAAAAGCUGGUCAACACGGAGAAAGAGAAAAUCCUGUUCCAGCCCCAGAAAGGAGUGUAUGAGCAGCUGUCUAAGGACUGUGUGGCACAGGGCUGCUGUGUGGAUCUCUUCCUCUUUCCCAGCCAGUAUGUGGACGUGGCAACCAUGGCUGAUGUGCCUUCGCACACCGGAGGCUCUGUCUACAAGUACAACAACUUCCAGGUGGAGACUGAUGGAGAGCAUUUCCUCAGAGAUCUGAGAAAAGAUGUGCAGAAGAGCAUCGGAUUCGAUGCCAUCAUGCGCGUUCGUACCAGCACAGGUUUCAGAGCCACUGAGUUCUUUGGUGCCAUCCAUAUGAACAACACCACAGAUAUAGAGAUGGCAGCUGUGGACUGUGACAAGGCUGUGACCGUAGAGUUCAGGCACGACGACACACUCAGUGAGGAGACUGGGGCACUCAUGCAGUGUGCCUUGCUGUACACCACCAUCAGCGGACAGCGACGUCUCCGCAUCCACAAUCUCAGUCUGAACUGCAGCUCGCAGUUGUCGGAGCUGUACAAGAGCUGUGAGACCGACUCACUCAUCAACUUCUUUGCCAAAUCAGCUUGCCGUGCCAUAUUAAACCAGCCCCUAAAGAAUGUCAGGGAAAUCCUGGUCAACCAGACGGCCCACAUGCUGGCGUGCUACAGGAAGAACUGUGCCAGCCCCUCCGCUGCCAGCCAGCUGAUCCUGCCUGACGCCAUGAAGGUGUUUCCGGUCUACAUGAACAGCCUGAUGAAAAAUGCUCCCCUGGUCGGCAGCACAGAGCUGUCAACAGAUGAGAGAGCGCAUCAAAGGCUGUCGAUCAUGGCAAUGGGGGUGGAGGACACACAGCUGCUGCUGUACCCACGCCUCACCCCACUGCACAACAUUGAUGUCAGCAGUGAGGCUCUGCCUGCUCAAGUGCGCUGCUCGGAGGAGCGUCUGACAGACUCUGGCAUGUUUCUGCUGGAAAACGGCCACUCCAUGUUUCUGUGGCUGGGCCAAGCGAGCCCUCCGGACCUCAUCCAGAGCAUCUUUAACCUGCCCUCCCUCGCCCACCUGCAAGGACACAUGUGUGCGCUGCCAGAACUGGACAACCCAUUGUCAAAAAAGGUCCGAUCCAUCAUUAGUGGCCUGCUUGAAAACAGGCCAAACUCUAUGAAGCUCCAAAUUGUAAGGCAGAAAGACAAACCAGAGAUGCUGUUCCGUCAGUUCCUGGUGGAGGAUAAAGGCCUGCACGGUGGAGCUUCCUACAUGGACUUCCUUUGCUACGUUCACCGAGAGAUCAGGCAGCUGCUCACUUAACCCCCUCAUCACUGUUUCCUCUUCCUCUCUGGCCUGGGAGAAACACGGCAUCUAACGGACCACGCACAAACCUCACAGGGUCAGUCUCAGUUGGCUUCAUUUGACGGUCGACAGAAAGAAACUUUAAGGGUUUUACGAAGACAGAAGAAGGAACCGGGAAAGCCUUUUGAGAUUUGAGAGUCCAAAGCUGCCUUUCCAAAAUGCUUUAGUGUACACACAGUAUGAUCAUCAAAUAACCACUUGUCACCUGAGGAACCUCCAAGUAAAACACAGACAACACAUCCAGCAUUUCCCGCACAGAUGCUCUGCGUGAUGGACUGCGGAGACGGGAAUGACAUCAGCGUCUGAGGCUGAAAUGCACUUUGGCAUAAAGCCCACGUCCAUAAGCAAUACACCAUAUUUCUCAACACUCAAUUGAGUUUUACAUUUUAUUUUGCAGAUUUACAGGAUCAAGACAAGGGGUUAUUUGUGGGCAAUACUGUAGACGUUCACUUUGAAACUCAAUAAAGCCUGCCAGUCUUUGUUAUACGUGACUUUCUCCCAUGAAGACUGAAUAUGUAGAGUCCCAGUAACUCAUUUUAAAACCGUCUUUAAAAAUUUCUUUUUAAAAAAUUAAUACUCAAAAUUUAAAAUAUAAGACUUGUAGAGGCUUUUAACUUUCACAUUGUUGCUUUCCUUAGUGGAAAAUUUACCAAAAUAAGCAUACACACAAGUAGUGUAUACACAGUACUAGGUAUUCAUAAUUUAGCAGAAACGAUGCAGCUGCUGCCGAGACUGAAAAUUAUUCCUGUCAUUACACCAUAAGUGAUUCAAAGCAUUUAAUUUGCACCACAAAAAAAAAAAAAAAAAUCAGAUUCUUUGACCAUUUAUAGUAGAGACUGGAUUUUCGCUGUGUGCGGUGACGCAGAAAACAUUUUGUUUUGGUGUGCGGAGAUUACAAUAAAUGAACACAGCUGUUGCUCUACAUGAAGAACACACUCGUGUCUGGAUGAAAAAUGCCACUUAUUUUUUCUACACUUAAAAAAAAAAAAAGAAUGGACUACAAAUGGUGCAUAGAGGCAUCAGAGGGAGCAAAAAGGGCCCAGAUAUUAUUCUGUUCCAUAAAACUCACACAACAGUCAAACAGUGAUCUGCUCUUUGUUGGGAGUGAAUUAUUUUGAGAAAUACUUCCCAAAAACCUAUACCAAUGCCAUAUUAUGAGUAAAAGUGCCACCCUGCAAAUCUGACUUGUGCCCAUAGUGUCAGUAAAAUAAAAUCCGGAUCAUCAGAUUUUUAGUAUGAAAAGCUCUUUGUUUGACCUGAGUUCAGUAAAAUCUUGCACAACUGUCUGCUAUGUUGAUAUGUAACAUUUCAUUCUUGGGUGUCAGUGCAGCAAGCAUCAUAUUGUAUUACUUUGCUUGUUUAAAUAGAGGUUUUUGCCUCUGUGUAAUUCAUGUAUACAUCUGAUAAAUAUUUGAGUGUAUUUGUGGCCGGCAAAAGUCUUUUUGUACAUGAAAUACACAACUUGUGUUUAGAAAUAUGACCACCUGCCUUAAGUUGAUAAAAUAGUUGUUAUAUGUUCCGAGUAUGUAUGUCCCAGAAGUCAAUGGCUGAUUUCAGUCUUUUUGGUUUGUAUGCAAACUUAUCUCAGGUAAUUUGAGUACCUUACUAUUUUACGUCAGAAGAAGUGAUUUCAUUUGAACUGGAAAGAUGGACAGUUGUUUUCUGAGUUGACCUAUGGACGUUCACGGGCUUGGCGUGCCAUGAAUAUUUUAUUCCAAACCCUCAACAAAUUUUGUCUGAAUUAAAUUCUUGACAUAAA